AUGGGAAAGAAGAUGAGGGAAAAUUUUGAUGCCUAUAGGCUUGAGAUUAAUUUGGUGAUGAGCAUUGGAGUUGUGUUAGAUCCUAGGUAUAAGGCAAAGUGGGUAGAGUUUCAUUAUAAGGAAUUAUAUGGAUUCACUGGGUAUCUAUACGUGUAUAACAAUUUCAAAACAAGAUUGGCAGCUCUUUUCAGUGUAUAUGAUUCACAAAACACAAAUGCAACUGAGAAUUAUUUUGGCAUCCGCAACUCUGUCUCUAGCUCAAGUAUGAUGGAUUCAAGCAAUGCAGAUGAGAGUGAUCCAUACUAUGAUGAGUUCAUGAUGCAAAACAAUGAGUUUGAGGUGCAGAAAUCUGAGUUAGAGAAGUACUUAAAAGAACCAAUGCUUAACAAAGUCUCUUCAAGAGAUGAAUUUGUGUUUGAUAUCUUGAGUUGGUGGAAGCUAAAUGCACCGAAGUACCCAACUCUUGCAAAGAUGACAAGGGAUGUGUUGGCUGUUCCAGUCACCAGUGUGGCAUCUAAACCAAUGUUCAGUGCUAGUGGCAGAGUGCUUACAACGCACAGAACCUUAUUAGAUCAUGUGGUUGUUGAAGCAUUGUUGUUCUUAAGUGAUUGGUUGCCAGACUUUUUUUCUACUGAUAUGGAAGUGAAAGAAUGA